UCUCCUUUUCUCUUGGCCUGCUCACGAACAGACAUUCGCGCAGUACUCACACUAGAGUUCGAUCUAACGUGGCGACGGCAUUACCUUCCAGAACACCUAGUCGGGACUAUGACCAGUCUUUCUUAAACGGAAGGAACUCGCACGAUAGCAACAGCCACGAGGGUGCACUUGCCACGUCAUACCUUACCAGACGGCAUGACGGGCCCGGUGAUAUUAAUUGCCGUCUUCGUGGCGGGCCUUGCCUCCGCAAAUUACGCAUCCAAUACCAGACAAAGCGAUUCGAGUUGGGGCGUCGCCAGACGGACUGGAACGGUUGACUCGGAAAGGCUUCCACUGGGCCUUGCAGCGAGGCGUCGGGCAAACCUUCCCACGUAUCCGGGCUACAGCGCCGACGACCGCAAGGAGGGCACUAGGAAAAGGCGUGGGAGGCCGACACGCCGUCCACACUUAUCUGCGAAAACAGAGCGCCCAACAUUGCCGCCGAAACUUCAAUCAGCCCAGUACCCACCGCAAGAUCCCGCAGGAUCGGACCAACAACAGCCUCCUCCUGCACCCACGCCUCCUGCAUACCCAUAUCCUGGAGGAACUCCGCCCCAUCCUGGUAGACCUUAUCCUCCUCCAGUACAGUCGCUUCCUCCGCAAUACCCUCCAGCGCCUCAAUAUCCCCGUGGGCCAUAUUAUCCUCAAGGACGCCCGCAGUACCCUGGUAAUUACCCGUCACAUACACCGUCCUACCCACAUAUUCCUCAAGGACGCCCACAGUAUCCUGGUACUUACCCGUCACGUACGCCGCCCUACCCAUAUUUUCCUCAAGGACGCCCACAGUAUCCUGGUACUUACCCGUCACGUACGCCGUCCUACCCAUAUUUUCCUCAAGGACAUGUACCUUAUCCACCACCUACGCUGUCCUACCCACAUUACUCGAGAGGUCCUCUGUUCAGCAGCAGGCGUCACUCAUAUACCGUGCCUGAAUCUCACAAAGGACCCGUGUACAGCGGUGUUACACAAGCCCAAACGGUUACCGAAAACGCAUUACCUCAGCCCAAUCCCAAUUCGUGUCCACAGCAACCACCUACACCGGGACAAGCACCAAAUCCGCAGUAUUAUACCCCAGCAUAUGCACCAAAUUCGCCGUAUUAUACCGCAGGGUAUGCACAAUCUCCCCCUUAUUACAACACAGGUUUUUUACCGUCUCCGACAUUGUUUCCCCCAACACAGAUGCCGUUCCCGCCAUAUUAUCCCGGUGGAUUUCUACAACCUCAGCCAUAUUAUCCCACAGUACCUGGUCAGCCUGCGUCACCUUUUCCGGCAGGAUUCGACCCGUCGAAUUAUCCCACGACAUCACUUCCGGUUCUACCGGUUAAUCCCACAGGAAAUGAUCAAUCCAUGCCGCAACCGUCAUUGUAUCAACCGACUCCACCAUACAAUGCUCCAUGGUAUCCACAGUCCCCACAGUACGAUCCCGCGUUGUAUCAACGGCCCCCUGGUGAGAACCAGCCUUUUGUGCAACCCACUCAAUACCCUUUUCCCGCAGGCUUCCAGCCCUACCCAGGUCAGUUAACACCAUUCGGACCACCCACUCAAUACCCUUAUCACCAGGGUUACGGACAUAGUGCACAGAGCGUGGAAUAUAAUCCCGCCACGGGGCAUUAUAUAGUGCACGUGCCGGCUGGGGCGCCUCUUUUCAAAAGGGCAGGACCAUCUGAGCCCGUCAAACAUCCACCAUCUCGGUAUUCAUUCGCUAGUCCUUACGAGAAAACACAACGGAUGUCAGCGCUGAAUAACCUUACAAGACACGGUACAUAUCAUCCGCAUGUGCCAUUCAGCCUUCACUACCGCAGUCCUUUUCCUCACCCUGACGAGCACACUGCCGGCUAUCCCUCACCACAUCCGCGAGCUCCUGGAAACUAUGUUCCACGUAUACCUCUCGAGGCUUCUUACCCCGAAGAACCUCUGCCGUCCUUCCCUGACAGAAACGUACCGCGCGUACCGCCACUGACGGGUUACUAUCCGCUACGCAAUAGAUAUACACAACGGACUCCGACUCAGCUAGAUCACCCAACUGAGUCUUACCCCAGCAGUGCGCCACCAUAUCCACCGUCAGACAAGGGGUAUCAUCAUGCCCACCGUCCAUCUUUGAGUGGACAUGGCACCCAUUUCAGGCCCGAGAGACCAUUUAACGUCGCAGACCUCUAUGAAAGGAACCGCUCACCCGCCGGGUCCCUUUCCUCCUCUCCCCAUCAUUCUGGGUUUUCACCGGAAUAUUUUUCUGAAUAAUAUGUGGAAAUAAAACUCAAUAAAAAAAUCA